ACCCCACAGCAUUAGGAAAAAAUCUUUUACUUGUAAGAAAAGGCUUUGAAUUGACAUAUCGUGACGAUGACGUUACAUUUGUCAUUCCUGAACAUACAUUUAUGCAAAAAUUAAACGAUCCUUCACUUUCAAAAGAAUCUGUAAUCUCCGAGGCGCAUGGGAAGUUUGCGAGUGAUCUGACAAAAUCGGCUAUGAUUCUCUCUCAAUCUAAAGUUCUUGAACUACGGCAAAUCUACUCUCGUUAUGCAUCUCCCGACGAGCAACAAACUAAUACAUCCACUAUUCAUGAUGUAACUUUUAAAGAAAGUGCAUACUUUAUACCAAAUAUUUCAGCUAUGAGGAAUCAUGGUCAGAUAAUAUUACGACCAAAAUCUGAUGUAGCAGCGAUUACAAAAGUGUUGGAAUUGAUUCGUCUACGCGAUCCUUCUGUUGCAGAAUUUCAGUCAAAAGCAAAAAAGAUUGUAAAUUAUAUUCGUUCAAACACGAAUGAUAAUUCGACAGAAUAUUUCACAUCCAAAGUAGACACUUUACCCAAAUUUACAGAAAAAGACAAAUUGUUUAUCAAUUUCAUCAGAACAUUUAUCCUGAAUUCACAUACAAGCCAUGGUCUUUUUGAAACUCCAAUAGCUGCUAUACUUAAACCCAUGAAAUUAUACGAAUGUGAUCUUGACAAGAACUGCGCAACACAAUUCUUGAGAGAAAUUGGUGUAUGGUCUCCUUGGGAAAAUUUAAAUGUUUAUGAUUCAAGGAUAAUGUUAAAUGGUCACGGAAUAUCAAAAAAAUCCGAUAAUGAUCAAGAGAUUUCUCUAAAACUCGCUACAAACUUGAUGAAUACCAAACCAUUCGUUUACAAACAGAAGAAAAAAAAAUCAUCAUCAAAAUCGCAGGUACUUAUAAAAUCACCAUUAAAUCUUGGGCCUAUGGAUUUUUAUCCAUAUGAUAUUUGUGAAAAUAUUAGACAUGAUUUUGGUGAACUUCCAGUGUACACAAUAGAUGAUUAUACAGCACAUGAGAUUGAUGAUGGUGUGUCUAUCGAACGUCUGGAUGGCACAGAUUCCGAUUUAGCUUCAAUGUGGAUACAUGUUCACGUUGCUGAUCCGUCAACUUAUAUCCCACCUGGUCAUAAAUUAUCUCAAAUAGCUCGUACAAGGGUUCAAAGUAUCUACUUCCCUGAUCGUAAUUACUCGAUGUUACCAUCCACAACAAAUGAAAAAAGAUUUAGUUUAGGAGUUGGCGCAAAAGAUUAUGGAAGUUAUGUAUUAACAUUUAGUAUGCGGAUUGGAAAUGAUGGUACUUUUUUAGAUUAUAAGGUUCGACCUGGUAUCGUUCGACGUGUUAAAAGCUUGUAUUAUGAUGAUGUUGAUACGGUUUUAUCAUGGGACAACAUCGGAAGAGGCAAAGAAGAGAUAGAAUUUUUUCACAAACAACGUCAUUUUCAUCCUCGCGAAAUACCAAUGCCAAAAAACACGUGUCAAGAGUUUUCAUCAUCAGAAAAACAAGACCUAUUAGAUUUGCAGAAACUUGCAAUAAUACAUAUGAGACGUCGAAUAAAUUUAGGCUCUUUCAUGUUCAUGUUACCACAACCAUCAAUUGAGUUGUAUCCUUUCCCAUUACCAAUAUCUAAUCCUGAUCCUCAAGCACCGAUAAUAUACACAGGAAUGCCUAUCAUCCAAGUUGGACUUGAUAAAAGUAUGCAUUCUCCGGCUCGUGCGAUGGUCGCAGAACUUAUGGUCAUGGCUGGUAUUGUUGCAUCAAAAUUCUGUCAAGAGCGAGGUAUUCCCAUUUUAUAUCGGCGUCAAGAUCCACCUGAUUCACCAAUAAUUAAUGAAGAAUUAAAGAAUAUUGAUUUGAAAAAUGGAGCUUUACCUAUAACAUCUACGGUAAAAGUACGUCCUUUGAUGUCAACAGCUCGACUAACGACAAACCCAGGUCCACAUUGGGCCAUGGGAAUUCACGAAGGCUACUCAAAAGUCACAUCACCAUUACGUCGAUAUUGUGAUAUAGUGGCGCAUUGGCAAAUGAAAGCAGCACUUCUUAAUAAUGUACUUCCAUUCGCCAAAGAUGAGUUGGAAAAUAUGGCGCAGCAUGUAAGAGCACGGGAAAAAGACAUUGGUAAAACACAAAUGCUUAGUUCAAAAUUUUGGAUACUUAAUUUGAUUAAUCGAUUUAAAGAAGCAGGAACACUACCAGAAUUAACGGGAAUUGUUUUGAAUGCUUUCGAAAAUGAACAUAAAAAUGUUUUAAUAAGAGAACUUGGAGUUCAUGGAAUGUUUCACGAUGAUAAGGGAACAGUGAAUCUUGGAGAUAUUAUAAAAGUUUACCCAGCCCAAUGUGAACCAGAAAAUACAAAUUUAUUCCUAA